AUGAAAUCGCAGAAUUGGUUAAUUCGUAUGCGUGUAUGCGUUCUUACGCUUUUAAUAUACGUAAUAAUCCCCAAUAUACCAAGCGUAAAUUCAAUAACACCUCCUGGAAGAUAUUCUCACAACGCAAAUUUGAUAAAUUCAAAAAUUUAUUUUCUUGGUGGUGUUGACGAGCGAGACAAACUUUUGGACGAUUUCUUUUUUUUGGAUGUUUCUGGCGGGACGAAUUUUGAUGAUUUUUCAUUUCAGAAUUUCCUGGUAGAUAUGGAGAAUCCAGGAAUUUCUUGGGGAACAACAGUCACUGCACAGGAAUCAAUAAUUUAUUUGUAUGGUGGAUUAAAAACAAAUAGCAAUGGAGAUUGGCAAUUGGCAAAUCACAGUUAUUCAAUUGAUGUAAUAAAUAGUGCACUAUGGACUGAAAAAGAAAUUCCACUAGAUUCUGGUCCAAAGGGCCGUCGUAGCAUGACUUCAAUUGUUGAUAAAGCCGGAAUCAUAUAUGUGUUUGGCGGUUCAAAUCAAACGAUAGAUGGAGAAACACGUGGAAAUUAUGAUACAACCAUGUAUAAAUUAAAUAGCGUAACUGGUCUUUGGUCGCAAGCACCCCUUCGUACUUUGGGAAUUGAUAAUACAACAUUGCCAGGUUUCGAUUAUAGUGCCACAAUGUUGGGUGAUGGAAAAAUCAUUUAUAUUGGUGGACAAUUGGCCAAUGGCGUUUAUCUGGAUAUGAAUAAAGUUUGGUCUUAUAAUACUUUGAAUGAUCAAUGGACAUUAAAUCAAGUAGGAGGAGAAGAAAUUUCUUCUAGAGCAGCGCAUUCUGCUGUAUUAGCACUCGCAAUUUUAGACACGACAACUUGGACUUGGUCCAAACCAUUAAUUACGAAUCCAUCAAUGACUCGACAUGCACAUACUGCGACUCUUUACAAGAAUUACAUGAUUGUGGCAUUCGGUGCACACCAACAGAAUCUCGACAGCGUAAUAAUUUCUAACAAUUUCAUUUCAAUCCUCGACACCUCAAACGGAACUUUCAAAUGGGUCCCUUCACUCUAUCAAUCUACUGGACCGAAUAAUAGCACUUCGAAUAAUGUCACGAGUGCCAGCACGAAUAAUUCCAACGAACGGCUUGGAAUAAUUGUAGGAGCUAGUGCUGCAGGAUUUGUUGGGUUCUCUAUCUUGGUUGCUUCUUGUGUGUUACUGUAUCGACAUUUAGAUCAGAAGAGACAGUUGAAUAAGGCCAUGAUCGAAGGCCAUUCUGGAAUGACGGAAGUUGUGCGUGUUUGA